UUAAAAAAAAAAAAAAAAAAGAAUUUUGUAAUAAAAGAGACCUUAAAAGUCAAAAAAGUCUCUCUCUCUCCAGGCCUUCCUUGCGUUGGCAUCCAUGUUUAAUGUGUGUAUGUCUGUGUCUAGUUCUAUGUUACAUGUUCCCCUGUAGUGUAGUUUAAUAAACAUCCAUAAGUAUUCACACUUGGUUGUCUGUGUCUGCUGCUCUCAGAACGAGGUCACUUUAACGUCCGGUCUUGUUACAUGCUCGAGGAGCAAUGUUUCAGUAAGGAAAUUAUUUGUCGUGGCCAGAGAAAUAAUUUUCCUUACAGUCAAUAGACGACAAACUGUCCGUACUGCAGGCGAACUAAUAAUUUUAUUGUACUAUUAAUGCUACAGCUAAUUCCUGAAGAUGGAUAUAUAAUUGAUAACAACCCGUUAUGAUUAAUUAUGUUAAUCUCACUUAGAGCAAAUUUGCAGCGCAUCACAUACAUUUUUUUUGUUAUUUAAAUAAUACUAAUUUAAAUAAUACUAAUGAACCGACUAAUUCAGCAGUAGUUUAUUUUGCCACUACUAUAGAUGUGUAUCAUUAACUUUUGUUUAUUUGUUUUUUUAGACCAUCUGGCAGUUAUGUCCUGCAAAAAGAUGCAAUAUCUUUGUCUUCAGAGAGGAGGCAGUUUGGGGGAUGGCAUAAGGAGAAUGCUGCAUAAAAUUGGAGAAAAUUCCCUAUGGGCAGAGUACAGCUACAAAGGGAGAAAAGGAAAAAGACCAUUUCAGAAACUUCUGAUUAAUGACAUGAUAAUACGUGCCUGCAGUAAGGUGUACCCACACCACAAAUCACAGAGUGUGGAGGAGAUGAUUGCCAUGACUCUAAAGCAUGCCCCACAUCGUGAGAAAACAAAAACAAUUAAUCAGGUGAGAAGAUUUUAGCCGUUAAAUAAGCAUUAUUUGUAGAUAAUCUUGUUAAUACUCAGUAAAAUAUGGGGGAAAUAUACUGUUAAUCACACUUAUAUGCUUUAAUUUAAUUUUAUUUUUUUUAACCAGGAACACCACAAAUGUGACUUUGUUCCAUUUACAAGAUAAAAGCCUUUCAAAACAAACUUCCUGCUUAAAUAUUAAGGCACACUAGUGUGACAAACAGUGCAUUUCCCCCCAUAUUUUACUGAAUAUUAACAAAAUUAUGUACAAAUAAUGCUUUUUUACUCAAAAACAGAGGUGCAUAAACUCAUAUUAAUGAGGCCUUCAAUCAAUCAGAUCAAUAAUGGUGAUAAUAUAGCAUAAUGAGAGAUUUAUAUGCUAUUUCUGUAGGCUCGUCAUUUUUGACCGGGAACACCACAAGUGAAAAUUAGCAGAGAAAAAAAUUCAAAGUACAAAAAAUAUCUGAAAAAUUUUAGGAAGUUGUUAUACACUGUGAGCAAAGUCAGUAAGUCUUAGAUGUGAUAUUAACAUUUUCGGGGAGGGGGGGAAUCCUAUCCAAGUCAAUGUUUGUUUGUGUUUAACACCAUGCCAGCUUCUGUGGCUAUUUUCAUGCUCCAGGGGCGUUUACCAUGAAGCCGGUUUAGCAGGCUAGCCAGGUAAGUUACAGUUUAGUUUGUGCCAACUCUGGGUUUUAGGUACCAUGAAAGUGGCUUGGCUUUUAGUGGUAAGAUAUGGUUUUCAUGGUAAGAUAUGUUUUCCUCUUUCAUGGAUAGAUUGUUUCAUGAUCGUGCUGUGUAAAUGGGUUUAAAUUCUUCAUAUUGUUCAAUCUUUUAAUCUUCGCACUGACUCUCUCACAAGAAGUGAAUCACAGUUUUAAGGCAUGUGAUUGGCUGCUCAUUACUGAUGUCACACUUUCAUGUGCUCCAUUAACUCAGGAUAAAGCCUGAGUUGACAGAGAAAGUUGAUGAUCAGCUCCAUGGUACCAACAAAGCCGGAUUAGACUGGUUUGGUUUUGUCAACUCAAAACUAAUCCUGUAACCCUGAAUUUGUUCAGCCACCAUCAUGGUACGGGCCCCAGGUCAUAAUGACCCAAACACAACAUGAGGUUUACAUAUAGACCACACAACAAAAUAAAAAAAGUGAAUUUACGAAAAUGACCCAGUUCAAAAGUUUACAUAAUUUAUGCUGUGUGUCAUUAUCUGGAUGAGCCGUGACUGUUUGUAUGCUUUGUAAUGGUUGUUCACAAGUCUCUUGUUUGUUCCGAACAGUCCUGCUGUUAAAUUCUCCACACGGGAAAAGCUGCAAGUGGGCAGGCUGAGAAAAAAAAUCAAGGAAUGUGGGUUGUGUUGGAUUUGACAGAAGGUCUGCAGGGUCAUACAAUCACGUGUGACAAUUUUUUCAGGUCAUAUGCUCUUGGAAGUGAGCAACUAAAAAGGAAGCUGACCAUGGUGGGAACGGUCAGAAAAAGCCGACCCGAGCUCCCACCUGCACUUUUGACAACAAGAGAGAGGGAGCUUUUCUCCUCCCUCUUUGUUUUGACAGAGACGCAUUCUCUUGUCUCUUCCUGCCAAAAGAAGAGGAAAAAUGUUCUUCUAAUGAGCACUCAACAUUCGGAUGCUGAAGUAAUUAAGAUGCUGAAGGACAAAUAUGAGGAUGAUAAGCCGUCAAAGAUCCUGGACUACAACAGGGCCAAAGGAGGAGUUGACAACUUAGACAAGAUGGCUGCAGCAUACACCUGCAAAAGAAAAAUACAUCACUGGCCCAUGGCAAUAUUUGCCAACAUCCUAGAUGUCUCUGCACUGAAUGCCUUUGUUUUGUGGAGUCAGAUUAACCCAUCAUGGAACAGAGGGAAACAGUUUAAACGAAGGCUGUUUCUAGAAGAUCUGGGGAGAGCUUUGGUGUUACCACUAAUGCUACGACGAAAGAACAUUCCCCGAACUCCAGUCAGUCUAAGCCUUUUGAUUCAGUCCCGGAGUACAUCUGCAGCAGACUUACCUGGCCCGUUCGCAGCACCUGGCCCCUCCGCUCGUCGUGGCCCCUACCCCAUGAGAAAGAGAUGCCGUUACUGUUUCCUGAAAGAAAACAAAACAAGCUCAGUCUGUGCAAAAUGCAAUGCUUUUACAUGCAAAGCACAUUCUAUCAUCAUCUGCAAAAUGUGUAUGCAUAACUAAGUCAUGUGGAUAUGAAUGUUUCAUAUUGUUCACUCUCAUAUUUGUCCUCUGCCAAAUGUAAUGCACAAGGCCAAUUGUUAUGACGCUAUAUAUUCAUAUUCACGGUUUCUUCAUAUUCUUCACUGUUUUAUUAUUGUUAUUAUUAUUAGUUUUUACUGUUUAUUACAAUUUUCAGUUUGUUCUUAAAACAAUAUAUAGUGCAAUAUGGUAUUGUUGUUCUUUAUUGUUCUCCACCUUACUACUUUGAAGUAUAUAAAUAAAACAUUUAAAAAAUGGAAACUAAAAUACUCAAAUUCUUAAAAAAAAAAAUUAACCAC